GAUUCAAAGUCGAUGGUUCCAAAAGUCUGUCGUGAGGAAAGUGGUUUCUUUAGCCAUAGCUUUUAACACCAUGUUUCUUGACAGGUUCCAUGCCGCCCCUUCAAUUAAACGGUCGUAUGAGAUAUGAUUCACCCACUAAAAAUUGGUAGAAGUUUACACGUUUUCAUAACUUGUAUAUAUAGCUAUUGGCACAUUGAAUGAAUGCCAAUGCCUUCUAUGGGUAUUCGGUUUUUAUAGUUCAAUUGUAUUCCAGAAGAACUUCUGCUAGUGGCCAUGAUGUGUGAGCCUUGAUCCAUUCUCGCCUCACGCAAGUGUAUGGCCUGUGUCUAAGAAAGUUAUCAUCCCCUGGAAUCUACUCGACUGAUCGCUGAACAUGAUUCAAAACCUCAAUCAAACAACAUACACAAUAAAUUCAGAAGUGUGCAUCUUUGUUUCUUUGAAGUUUUUUGUCAGUCAGUAUACACAAUAAAUUCAGAAGCGAUCUUCAGUAUGCAUGAUCUUUGUUUCUUUGAAGUAUUUUGUAAUCAAUUGCACCAUUAACAAAUAACCGGACCUUCCCUUUUGGAGAGGGGCUAUUAUAACUUUGCAGGAAUACUUCCAAAAAUCGGGGUAGAGGAAUUUUCGCCAUGUUUUUUCUCAAGGAUGGUCGAAUUCGACUCAUUGAGGAUCGAUUGCUCCACACGGAAGAUCCGUCAAAGGAGCCUAAAGAAUGGGAGGAUCUUGAAGGCCAAAGCGGAGUGUUUGUGAUUGCUCUAUUUGCCGUUGAAAGAUCAAGAAAUCAUAUAUAUUUGAAGAAGAUUUUACAGGAGAAUCGCAAUCUGAUUCGAAUAGAAAGGAAUUUUCGCUGGCUUCAGUGGCUGGUCAGGCUGGAUUUGAUUGUUUCUCAUUCCCUAGAUGUUCUGCUUGAAAAUUUAGGAAGCUUGCCAUCGUUGCGGGAUCUUAAACUACCAAAUUCUAUGGAUCUGGCUUCGCUUCGAAACGGAGCCGCCGUAAUUCCAUGGAAAUCCAAGAACUGCUUCGAAGAAUUGAAAGAGCAUCCACUUGCAGGAGAUGAUCUUCUUUCAAAAGAAAAUCAUCUGGAACAAAAUUUAGUUUUGUUUUCCCGCUUCAAUAAGGAGAUUUAUAAUCCAAACUCGCUCAAGAAUGAACAUCUGUAUAUCCCCGGGGGAUUUCCAGCAUGCUCUGGAACUCUUGUGAUGUAUAACAGCUGUGUCCCGCGAAACAGCUUUAAGAUGUUUGUAAGCCUCAAAUACUUGCGGUUACUGAAACCUCCAGAAGUGCUUCUGCCAUGUAACCCUCUAUCAAGAGAAGGCCCUCGGUGUACUACUAUUAUUUCGAUUUCCAGCCCUGGAAAGCUUCAAGAGAUACACAUCCAGGCCAUUUUGAAAAGAUGCAGGGAUUCGUUGAAAUUGGGAAAUCGUCUGGCAAUAUUUGUGCGGCGUAAUCCGGUGUCCAAGGAGUUCGAUCAUCUGCACAUUAUUUUUGACGAGCCUUCCAAAAUUAACAUGCUUGCAUUCAGCAUGAAUGGAUGGGAAAAUAUUUUUAUUUUGGCGGAACUGCCGGUAGGGCCUGUUUACCUUCCAAGGAAGGUUCCUUUGCAGCGGAUAAAGUGCUCUGUUUUUCUGGUUUACCACGGGCCGGAUGUGAGGGAAAAUUUCAUCCACAAUUUGUUUGAAUCUUUUAACGCAGGAGGAGUUAAAGUUGUUAAUAUUGACUUGAAUAAAUGGGAAAUAGAGGAAAGGGGAAAAUGUCGAGUCUUGGAGCAGGGCUGGGAGAGGACAGAUAUUCACAUUCCGAUUGUCUCCAGGCACUGUGAAGACUCUUUUUCUCGGCAUCUGGGAGAAUUCUUGCGCAUGUGCAGAUCAAAUAGCUUAAUCAGACCAUUGUUCUAUGAAGUAGAACCAACAGAUAUCCUCGAUAUCAGGAGGUUUUAUAUGAGUGAUAUUGGCGUGGUGGCUACGCAGGAUUGUUCAAGCACCAGAGUGAUCAAUGAAGUUUCCUCUUCGCGAAAUGCUCGACCUCAAAUGUCUUUCCAAACUGGCUGGUCCUUGGUAGGUGACGGGAGCUCAGAGCAGCUCGUGAGACGUAUAGUAUUGGAUAACCUCCGAAUGGUGAAUUAUCUGCCAUCUCAUGCUGUGGGGCUGGAGGAACGCAUGAGGGAUCUGAUGGACAUACUCAAAAUGGAAUCAGAUGAUUCCCUAGCAGUAGGGAUAUGUGGUAGUGGUGGAAUUGGGAAGACUACUCUUGCCAAAGCCAUUUUUAACAGCAUAAGUUUCAGGUUUCAAGCGGCUACCUUUGUUGCUGAUGUCAAGAGACAGGAGAUAUGUGAAAUCCAGGAACAAAUUUUGAGGGAUCUUGUAGGACGAUGCAUCUCUGUGAAUAGCGUUAAACAUGGAAAGGCACUAGUGAAAGCUAAUGCAGGAUCCAUUCGGGCACUUGUUAUUCUGGACGACAUUAACAAUCUAAAGCAGCUCGAAGCAUUCAGUGUGGAUUGGCUUGCACGCGGGAGCAGGGUCAUUCUGAUAUCCCGAGAUGACCGACUAUUUUCAUGUGGACAGACAGAUGGUAUCUAUCACGUCCAUAGAUUGUCAGAUAAACAGAGCAUUGAAUUAUUUAGCUGGCAUGCUUUACUCAGAAAAUAUCCUCAUAAUCAAUACGAAGGGUGGUCUAAAAGGAUUGUAAAAGCUUGCCAUGGAAUUCCACUACUGUUAGAAAUAGUUGGAGCAUCCUUGUAUGGCAAUAAAAAUGUCAGGGAUUGGGAAAGCUCUACCAAGCUCCUAGAAGAUACAAUGGGUCAGGACAUCCACAUGCGGCUAAUAUUUAGCUACCAAGGUCUUGAUCCUUGUGAACAAGAGAUAUUUCUGGACAUUGCUUGUUUCUUUAUUGGCAAUGAGAAUAUGGAAACAGCAUCUAGGUACUGGGAAGCUAUUGGGCUUCGUCCAAGAACAGCCUUGGAAAACCUAGUUCAGAAGUCCCUUUUAUGGAUAGAUGAACAAAAUAAGUUUAUAAUGCAUGAUUAUGUCCAGGAAAUGGGUAGGGCGAUAGACAGUGUGUCUUCGAAGUUGAAGGAACGUACAAGAAUAUGGAAGCCAGAAGAAGCAAUGAAUAUAACGAGUAGAAACAUGGAAUUGGGGAAUCUCAGCGUGCUGCGGUUAAAGAAUGUUGCAUAUCUUCAGAAGCUUCCUGACGACCUCUCAAGAUUAGCCUCUCUUUCAAUGGUGGACUUAGAGAAAUGUCAAAACUUGAAGGAACUUCCCAGCUCUAUUGGGUGUCUAGGAAAACUCAAAACCUUGAAUCUAUCUGGGUGCAGAAACUUGGUAGAGCUUCCAGACAGCAUCUCUAAACUCUCCUCACUUGAACGUCUUUCAUUACGUCAUUGCUUUUCACUAAAGGAGUUUCCUAGUGCAUUUGAAGAGCUAACUGCUCUGGUAGAGCUAGAUGCAGGAUUUUCAGGUGUAAAUAAGCUCCCUUCUUUACAAAGGCUCUCUCAACUGGAGAAGUUGAUUCUAACUGGUUGCUGGUCUAUUAGAUCACUGCCUCAUAGAAUUGGGCAGCUCGCUAAUCUAAAAGAGCUUGAUAUCCACUCUCUGGGGCUUGUAAAAGAGCUGCCUUCAUUAGAGAAACUCUCAUCCCUGAAAAAACUGGUUUUAAAUGGCUGUGCCAGUUUGACAGGUUUGCCUUCCUCAAUUAGGAAGCUCUGCUGUUUGGAAUACCUGGAUAUGAAUGGGUGUAGUAGCAUAUAUCUCUUACCAGAGGAAUUUGGAGACCUUGUCCGUCUGAAGAAAUUGUUCAUGAACAAUUGCUUCAGAUUAAGUAUGCUACCUGACAGUUUUGGAAACCUUAAAAACCUCACAACUCUGGAAAUGAAGCAUAAUUGUAAUUUAAUGAGACUUCCUUUUAGCUUUUCUAAACUGCAUUCGCUGCUCUGGUUGGACGCUAGUGAUUGCAAUCUCUUGGACGGCCUUCCUGAAAAGAUUGGGGAUUUGCCGGCAUUGCAAUUUAUCAACUUAGGAAACAAUUUUUUCCGUGAAUUGUCUUCUACCAUUCAUGACCUCUGUUAUUUAAAGGAGCUGAACUUGAGCAAAUGCCAAUCUCUGGAAAGACUUCCGCCCCUUCCCAAAGGACUUGUGAGGCUGGAUGCUGGAGACUGUACACAAUUGAAGACAAUCAAUGAUAUGUCCCACUUGGAAAGGCUGAAAAUCUUGAUCUUAUGCAACUGUGAAAAUCUCAUAAGGUUGCCAGACCUCAAAUCAUGCCAGUCCUUAAAAAUGCUGAACAUAUCAAGAUGCAGAAAGGUUAGAAGCCUGGCAGGAGCUGAAGAGUUAAGCUCGUUAAAGACAUUGUACUUAAGUGGAUCCGGUGUCUCUGCAUUAGGGCUUAGCCAGUGGAUAAAGGAUAUGCCCAACUUACAAGAGUUGAGUAUUUAUGCAAAUGGAAUUCCACAAUGGUUAGAACAUAAAUCAAGGGAUCAAUAUCUGCAAGAUCAGAAUUUCACAGAUAUACUAAUCUCUCCUGUAAACAAGACAGCCCAAUGUGGAGGAGUUUUACUGUGCUUUGUUUUGAAAUUCAUGUAUGAAUUCCGAAGUGAUGAAUCCCUUUCUCUAAACUGCAUGAAGAUGAGCAUUAGAGGAGGUGAUGGGGAAGAAUUAUGGUCUACAGUCUUCAAUAAUAGACAGAAAGUUGAAGGUGAUCAGUUGUACAUUUGUCUAUAUGGGGCUAAUCAUCCGCUCACCAUGAGACUGAAAAAUAUUGAUCAUCUCCAAGUGAUGGCAAAAGGCACAAAUAUUCAAAUUAAAGAAUGUGGAAUGAAGCUUUUAUAUAAUGGAAUUGGGGAUCCGAGUUUAGUGAGAUUGGAGGAGGACUUGACUUCACUGAUGGCAAAUUACAUUGAUGAAACAAUCAUGGCCAAAGUGGCUGCCAACAAAACUGAAUUCCCUCAUCAAACUGUGUAUGAAGAAGACGGUGAUGUAUAUGACUAUGAAUAUUCUACCAGUGAUGAUGAAUAUGAAAGUAAUGAAGACUGCACUCACAUGGAUAAAAUAGGUGGCAUAAAGUAUCCAUGGGUCAAGACUUGUGGCUCAAUUAAAAAGUAAUUUAUAAAAGAAGAGUUUUUAGAAAAAAGCUAAAGUGCCUCUUUCAUAUGAGUUGCUUUUUGUUUGGCUGUAUAGACAUAUAUGCUAAGCCGUCCUAGAUUCAAUAGUUAAAAUUUGAAUUUGAAAAUUGAAUGAAAUAUUAAGAGUU